UUACCCCUAUCUGUGCUCGAGCAAUGGAGGAGGUCCAAUCGUUCCUGGAUCGAUUCACUAUUGCGGAAUUGCUGGCUGAAGUGCGCUCUCGUGUAGAGGUACAGGCGCAUCCCAGAGACGACUCAGAUGCGUACAAACAACCAGAUCCAGAAUGGAGGACGAUGAAACCAGACGAAAUUCUCCAUCGCGAGCGCGAGAUGCGCCAUAUCGCAGCGCUCCUGCGCACACGCUACAACUCGACCAGACCGAUCAACCUCCUCCCUCCCGAGAUCCUCGCCACAAUCUUCAGAUUCGUGCAGGAUUUCGAAUCACUACACGAUGCGUUCCCUAUCCGCCCUGAUGAACGAUGCUGGCACAACGCGUGGCUGCCCAUCACGCAUGUUUGCCAGCACUGGCGGACGAUUGCGUCGAUGUUUCCCGAGCUGUGGACGUACCUGUUCACUAGCUCGAGGACUCGAGGCCAGGACGCCUACGCUUCCCAUUUCCUGGAUCGGUCAGGAACGAUGCCGCUACAUAUCUUCUUCUCCUUCAACUCCUCAGCGUACUCCUAUGCAACGAUGAGGGUAUCUGAGGACUGCGCCAUACUCCCCCGACUAGCUCAAUACGGCGAUCGAAUCGAGACACUCCAGCUUCAAGAAACCAAGCACUUACGAACGGAAAUAUGGGAUUACCUCCGAUUCGAAGCACCAAAGCUGCGAUCGCUCUUCCUCGAUCCUAUACUGUGGAACUUCCAAGACGCUGCCCGACCGCUUCCUCUUCUUUUCAAAGGGCACACACCUUCCCUUGAGCGGUUAUACCUUAACCAUGUCGGGACGUGGACGAACGAGUUUCGUAACCUCACCCAUCUGUGCCUUAGCAACCAACAAGACCUUGAUCGACCCCUCCUAUCCCAGUUCCUCUCCUUCCUUUCGCGUUCUCCGGGGUUGGAGGUGCUGAAACUGAUCAACGCUCUUCCGACUCGAGUAUCAGAAUCCCGUUCCGAAUCCCCAUCGUCGUCGUCGUCGCUGAUGCGCAUCUCCCUCCCCCAUCUUCGCAUUCUCGAAGUUGGAGCCUUCGAUCCGCGUCUUGACGGCGCCGAUACCUUCGUGGACCGCCUCAUCCUCCCACUUGACUGCCUGAGGGUGAUAUGGGCCGACCAACUCUUCACAGCCGAGGGGAGCGUGCUCAAGUUCGUCGAUACCUCCUCAUCCUCCCCAAUCACGACAGCCGCCAUUCGCACGAACGGGGGCGCCGAUAUGCUUAUUUCGCGUCGAAGGGGAGAGGGGUCCGAAUCCGAGUGGCUUGCAGUGGAGACGCCGUUCAACCCUUCGACGUAUGUACACCUCCUGCGCCCCGUUCUGUCUGGCGUGACUACACUCUAUCUAUACACCAUGCCCCGCAACGCGGCAGUGUGGAGUACGAUUCUUGGUGGGUUUCCCGCGCUCGUUAGCCUGCAUAUCACGAAUCGGUGUAAUUACCAUCCGCUCAUUUUGUUACUCAAGUCGAAGACCGCGGCGCCGAGAGUGGAGGAUGGGCAGAUGGUUGAAGUUGUACCACUGUUGGAGAUUUUGUAUGCUCAGCCGCUGAUUGGGACUGCGAGGUUGACGGCGGUGGAGAGGAGGGAGUAUGAGUUGUUGGAGAAGGAGGAGGACCCUGUGAUUUUGAGGCCUGCGCCUUGCAAACCUUGUCGUAUCAGGUUUGUUGAGCCGGAUUCUGGUACUUCGACGUACCCCAAGGAGAUGAUGUAUAAGAAAACCGAAGUACAGCGCUGGUAG